AUGCGAAAUGGAAAGCGAUAACUGACCAAAUCAAGAAAGACGUGGAGGUGUAUAAGCCCUGUGUAAAGGAGAACUGCAGCUGCCACCGGAGUGUCUUGGAGCAGGACCUGGCUCCUUUUCGAGGUGGCAUUUCCAAGGAGAUGAUGUCAGAUGUGGUGAGCCGGAAGCUUGGGACACACUACCAGAUCAUUAAAAACAAAUUAUACCGUGAGCAGGACUGCUUGUUCCCUGCAAGAUGCAGCGGAGUUGAGCACUUCCUUCUGGGGAUCAUUGACCACCUCCCUGACAUGGAAAUGGUGAUCAACGUGCGAGACUACCCCCAGGUCCCCAAGUGGAUGAAACCCAUCAUCCCAGUCUUCUCCUUCAGUAAGACAGCUGAAUACAAUGACAUCAUGUAUCCUGCCUGGACGUUUUGGGAAGGAGGACCAGCUGUUUGGCCAAUUUACCCAACAGGUUUAGGGCGCUGGGACCUCAUGAGAGAAGACCUCAAAAGAUCUGCAGAAAAAUGGCCAUGGAUGAAAAAAAUCUCUAAAGGAUAUUUCCGAGGAUCCAGGUGA